AUGGCAGAUGGUGGUGGCACAGCCGGAGCACCAUCAUUGACAGACAUAGGCAAUUUGUUACAACAGCUAGUCAAUGAACAGCAGAUGCAGAGAUCGCGUGUUGAGGAGUUAGCUCAGCAAGUCGCUCAAACCCAGCAAGGCGUGGCUGGCACUCAAGUUGUGACAGAGCAAGUUGUUGGUGAGGUCGUUCAGCAAGUGCAGUUGGCGUUCUCCCAGCUGCAGCAGGCAACAACGGACCAGCUCACGCAGUUAGCUCAAACGGUGCAAGGGCAACAGACAGGCAUUGAUCAGAUGUCGCAAGUUGUCUCCAGUUUUGGUGCUUUGCAGCAGCAGUUGCAGGUAUUGUCACAGAAUGUUUCCACGAUGUCUGGCUCAACUUCGGUUCCAACAGCAGCAGUUGGCGGCAGUCCAACUGCGCAGCCCGCGGCUGCAGCAGCGCAAGGGUCCCCAGGGACUAGUGCAGGUGCCGUUCCUUCACCACUUGGUGCCGUGCCCGGACAGCCAGCUUCGGCCUCAGCUCUCCCACUCGGACCUCAGCUUUUCAACUUGACCGGAGGGGCUAGAGUGAACCCAGCGGUGGCUUACGCCAUCCAACACGGUGCAGUUGAUCAGAAGAAUCUUGGAAAGCCUUCUGUGUACGAUGCCAGCAAAGAGUCCAAGCAGAGCUUCCAUGACUGGCAAGACACCAUGGUGACUUUCCUGGAUGCUAGCAUGCCUGGCAUUUGGGAAGUGUUGGAGUGGAUCGCCAACGACCAACCAAAGACUGCAUUGGAUAAAGAAACUGUGAAGCUUCAUUUUCCUGAUGUAGACCCGUUGUUGGUUGAUUAUGCAGAUUCCAACAUUUACGCGUGUCUUAGCUCUUACACAGGAGCUGAGCCAAAAGCCGUGGUGAAGCAAGCCAGAAGACCCAAUGGUUUCGAAGCAUGGCGAAGAUUGCAUGUGAGGUUCAACCCUGCUACUGUGGGGAGGCAGCGUGCCAACCUCACACGCAUCACCAACCCUCAGGAGAAUGUUCCACUCGCGCAGCUUGGUGCUGAAAUCAUCUCGUGGGAGAACCGCAUCAUUGAGUAUGAGGCACGGCCCGGCUCAGACGUGGUUAGUGAGAACUUGAAGAUUGCCACGGUGGUUGCUAUGUGUCCGGGCAAGCUGCGUGAACAUCUCAACCUGAAUGCUCAUCGCUUCAAGACGUUCCAAGACAUCCGGGAAGAGAUUUUCGGUUACUUGGAGGCUACCUACCAAGUAGCAAACACGGCCAUGGAUAUUGGAGCAGUUACGCGUCGCAAGGGUCCCUGUUUCCUUUGUGGUGGUGAGCACUUGGCCAGGGACUGCAGGAAAGGAAAGGGCAAAGGUGCUGAAGCCAAAGGCGUUGGAAAGCAAGGCGAUGGAAAGGGAGCUAAAGGGCCUGGCUUUGGCAAGCCCGGCAACAAAGGCAAGGGCAAGUUUGCAGGAGCAGUGUUGGUGAAGCUCAAACCCCCAAGCGACAAAUGGGACAGCAAGCAGAUAGAAGCUGUUCUUGGACUGCCCUGGAAACUGCGUCCUCCACAGCCGAGUGAGGGGAUAGUGAGCCCAAUGCUUGAGCGACCUCUGCAGAUAGACUUGCCAGAGGCGCCUGCGUUUACAGUUGAGGAGCCAAGCAACAAGCAACAGCAGUAUGUGCCUCGAGGGGUUUAUUUGCGCAAAGAAGAAUUUUUGAAGUAUGGUUACACUCCAGGUUACGAUGGUUGUAUCGCAGCAGAAUUUGGCAUGGCGCGGCGUCAUCACAGUCAACGGUGUCGUUCCCGUCUUUAUGAAGCCAUGCAGCAAGAUGAGCAGGGCCGAGCUCGAAUAGAGCAGGCUCAGGAGCGUGAAAUGAAGUACUUUGACAAGGUUCGCCAAGAGAUGGAAGACUCAGCGAAACUUGCUGGUCCAGAAAAGCGUUCCGCAGAUACAGACUCAACAGUUUCCGAAUUCGAUUUGCCUGCGCUACGUGACAGCUCGGCUUCUAAAUCGGCGAAACCGUCUACGAGGAUGGUUGGGCAGUCUAAGGCCAGAAAAUUAGUGCCACCUGCAGAAGCCCCAGGUGGUAGCAAUGUGCAUGUGGAGCCUCCAGCAAACAGUGGUGCAAACCCGCUGCCUGUUGAGGGCCAGUUUGCAGAGAUGGCCGUGGAGGAUGAGAGCUCGCAAUCGGAACUUCGUGUGUACCAGAAGCCAAAGUCUCUGGCCAGCAUUGAUCCCCAGCUCAGUGCUUUGCAGUCGGCUUUUGCCAAAGCAGCUAUGGAGGCUUACCAGCAACAGCAGAGCAUAAGCAGCCAAUCAGUGCCUGUGCAAGCAGGCGCAAGCUCCAGCAGUGUACCUCCACCAGGUUUGCAGGCCAGUGCUGCCCCAGCAAGCGUGGCCGCAGGCAUGCCUGUAAGCAACUUGCAGGUGACGCGUCUCAACAGCCUUCACUUGUAUGAGCCCGGCAAGAUCGGUGUGAGCAGCUUGGUGUCUGCACCUGCAACUUCGAGCUCUGGCACCUCUCGGGUGCAAGCAACCUUGGACUCUGGAGCAGCAGCUUCUGUGGCUCCCAAGCAAGCUUUCCCUGACUACCCAGUUAGGGCCACUGAAAGCUCAGAACGCGGAAUGGCAUAUGCAGCUGCAAAUGGUGGCUUGGUGCAUGAUGAGAGUCGUGUGGAUCCAGUCUUCGCCACAGAUGAGGGUCUCAUGCUCGCCGUUAGCUACAGUGUGGCCGAUGUGCGCAAAGUCCUUACGUCUGCAGCAAGCGUGUGCAACAAAGGCUUUGGCAUUUGGCUUGAUGAGGAGGGCUGUGAGUCCUACAUCCUUGACAAGAGCUCAGGUGACAAGAUUGCAGUCUGGCAGGAAGAUGGUGUGUAUGUCUACAACAUGAACGUGCUGCCCAGUACCUCCGCGGAUUUCCUGCGGCAGGCCUAA